AUGCCGAUGAAGGCCGCCAUUGUUGCACCUCCGCGCUGUCCUGCAUCGACCCAGAAGCAGUCAAUGUAUGCUGCUCGGGAAACGGACCCCUUGAGAGGGUACCGUCGCUGUGGCUCGGCUGAUCUCAAAGGCAGGAAGGCACUGGCUGAUUACUCCUCAUGGACACAGGACUUCGGAUUCAUGCUCUGGAUUCUUCGCCUCCAUUCAAGUUCCUAUUCUUCCUCCCGGCUAAGAUCAGACCUGCACAACGGUCAGGAGGAAUUUUGGACCAUUCUUCUUUACAAAAGUGUUUCAUUCUUGGGGUGUCUGGUGACACAAACAUCCAUCAUGGAUGUUGAGUUCAGGCCGCUGAGUGACGGACAGACGCGUUCCGCCCACUUCCUGCCGCAAACACCACCGAGGAUCACUGACUGUUCUGGUCGGUUGUGGAGAGUCAAAGAUGUUGACGACUUCAGGGUGUCAAGUUGUGUGAUGGAUGUGGUCUCCGCGAUCCGCCUCACUGAUCCGCCUCUGCCCAUUCAAAGAACUGAUAUCAGGAACUGCUCAGAAAACAAAAACAAAAGUCCAAGUAUGGAAACUUUUAAAGGAUCUAAGGAGAGGUCAGCAAUAUUUCACUGUCUGCUAAUGACUGAUAGGAUCAGUGUGUCAUUUUAA